UUUGUGUAAACUAGAUUUGUUAUACAGUAGGUCUGUAUUGUUAAUCUUUGUCAAACAACUUUUUUUUUUCUUUAUAUAUUUUAAAAUCAACACGUUUAUAUGUGGAGUCCCACCUCUAUGUUAUAAUUAUGUAACCAGGGGCAAUACAGUAGCCACAGCAACCCAUGUAGCUACUACUGGGGCUGGAUCCAAAAGCAGCCUGGAGCAAUUCAGUACCAGAUUUUCAAUGUCAUAUGGGCAUUUUCAAUAGUGGGUGCCUAAUCAUGGUAAAGUAGGGGCCAUUGAAAACUUUGCUAUAGGGUCUAAUAGUCUUUAGUUACAGUCCCGAGCAGAACAAUGUUGUGUGGGGAAACUAAGCUCAGGGUCUCUUUAGCAAUGUUGAUAUUAGACUCUUGUAUUCAGUUACAGGCUUGUAUGCAACUUUUCAAUUUGUACCUACAUAUUCACGUUUACAAUGACAAUAUAUGUAUACUUUAAAAAAAACAAAAAAGAACCAUAUGCAGCCCAUAACAAAGAUGUCUACUUCUGACUUGUGAAUAUUGUCAUGUGACCCCUUUCCCAGCCUUUCUGGGAUGCUAGUGCCACAGUGUGGGAAUGAUAGACUAAGCACUCUGCGCUCUGCACUGCUAUUAUGCUGCUGUAUGUAGGAAGCUGAUGCUACCUCGUGUCCCAGCUUCAUGCAUCUUUAGAAGCCCCUGGACCAGCUAAGGUCUAAAGCUGAAAUCUUCAAAAUUUCAGAGGAAAUCAUGUAUCCCUUAUUGCUACUUAUAUGGGCUUCUGUUCUCCAGAGGGGACAUUCAACCCUUGCAGAAUGGUGCUACAAUGACCUAGUUUCCCCUCUGUACUUCACGUCCUUUGAGGCUUCCUCAAGAUACUCUAUUUUCUACACUGCUAACUUUGCACGACUAUUCGGCAGCAGUGGAUGGUCUCCUGCACCUGGGGAUAAACAACCCUGGCUUCAAAUAGACUUAAAGAGGAAAUAUAAAAUAAUGGGAGUUGCCACUCAGGGAACACAUAAUACGUAUUACGACUGGGUGACCAAGUACACCCUGCUGUAUGGUGAUCGGCCAGAUAGUUGGAAACCAUUCUUUCAGCAAGCCAGUAAUUGGACAUUCUUUGGCAAUGUCAACACAUCGGGAGUGACAGAGCACCGCCUCUACUACCCCAUUAAGGCUCGAUAUGUUCGCUUCAUUCCUGUGGCCUGGAAUCCAAGGGGAAAGAUUGGACUAAGGGUGGCUCUUUAUGGUUGUGAAUCUAACCAUGAUGUCCUGUCUUUCGAUGGUGAUGACUUAAUCUCCUACCAGUUCAGAAAAAAGACCAAUCGCACUUUGCAAGAUGACAUCUAUUUUAAUUUUAAGACCUUGGAGAAGGAUGGGGUGCUGAUGCAUGCUGAGGGGACACAAGGAGAUUACAUUACCCUGGAAUUAGAGAAGGCUCGCUUGGUCUUCCGGAUGAGUCUCGGAAACAGCCCCCUCCACCCUGUAGACAGCCACACAGUUGCCAUCCUGGGGAGCCUACUAGAUGACCAGCACUGGCAUUCUAUCCACUUCCAACGUAAUGGGCGUGACCUCAACAUAACAUUGGAUGGGGAAAUACAAAGGAUACGCUGCAAGGGGGAUUUUGACCAGCUAGACCUGGACACAGAGAUUUUCUUUGCUGGCAUUGUAUAUCAGGAGAAAAGCAUCUCUCACAAGCAGAACUUCCGUGGCUGUCUGGAGAACAUCAUUUUCAAUAAGGUCCACGUUGCUGACCUUGCAAGGAGAAAACAUUCAUCCAUUCGCUUUGUGGGUAAGGUGCGGUUCUCUUGUGUGGAAAUGCCUUAUGUUCCUGUCACAUUUUCUGGAAUUAACAACUACCUGAUGGUGCCCGGGGUCCCUGCCAAUAUAAAGAUGAUGGUGAGCUUUAAAUUCCGGACCUGGGACACCAUUGGCCUUCUGCUUUUCACCAAGUUUGCUGGUUCUUUGGGAUCACUGGAAAUGGCUCUAAGCGAGGGUCAGAUCAAUGUGACCAUCUCCCAACCACACAAAAAAAAGCUGGUGUUUGCAGCUGGAUAUCGGCUGAAUGAUGGCUUCUGGCACUCUGUCUCCCUGGUGGCCAGAGAAAACUCUGCUCUGGUGAUUAUUGAUGAGGAUGAAGGCGCACAGUUCAAAAUUAACUAUCUGUUCCAGCUUCGUACAGGAGACACUUAUUACUUUGGAGGUUGCCCAAAGCCAGCUGCAGGUUCUGCCUGCUUUUCAAACCAGACGGCAUUCCAUGGGUGCAUGCAGCUGAUAACUGUGGAUGGCCUGCCUGUGGACUUCCAUCGUAUGCAGCUGGGAUGGCUUGGAAGGUUCUCGGAAGUUAUGUUCAAUGUUUGCGCUAUUGCGGACAGAUGCAGACCGAAUCCUUGUGAACAUGGAGGCCGCUGCUACCAGUCCUGGGACGACUUCUUCUGCUACUGUGACAUGACCGGCUACAAGGGUGAAACCUGCCACAAAUCUCUGUACAAGGAGAACUGUGAUGCCUACAGGAUCAGUGGGAAAUACUCCGGAAACCACACCGUGGAUCCUGACGGCAGUGGCCCCUUAAAGCCAUUUACUGUCUACUGUGACAUUUCUGAGGAAAGAGCUUGGACUAUUGUGCAGCAUGACCGGUAUUAUCGCAGCAAAGUUGUUGGUUCCAGCCCUGAUCAGCCGUACCUGGGAGAGUUACAUUACUGGAACGCGUCGUGGGGUGAAGUGUCCUCGCUGGCUAAUGGAUCCGAAUACUGCGAGCAGAGAAUAGAGUUCUCCUGCUACAAAUCCAGGCUCCUCAAUACACCAAUGGGUCUACCAUACAGCUUCUGGAUGGGGCGAAAUAAUGAAAGACAUUACUACUGGGGUGGCUCUAACCCUGGUAUUCAGAGGUGUGCUUGCGGCAUAGAGAAGACUUGUGCAGAUCCAAGAUAUUUCUGCAACUGUGAUGCUGAUCACCUUCAGUGGAGAUAUGACAAAGGUUUACUGACAUUCCGCGAUCAUCUACCAGUGACCCAAGUGGUUGUAGGAGAUACUAACCGUUCCAGCUCUGAGGCCUGGUUUUUAGUUGGACCUCUACGUUGUUAUGGAGACAGGAAUACAUGGAAUACUGUAACAUUUAUGAAAGCAGCCAGCCUUAUUUUCCCAACCUUCCGACCAGAGAAAAGCAUGGAUAUAUCCUUUUACUUCAAGACCACCUCCUUGUCUGGAACGUUUCUAGAGAACAUGGCCAGUGACUUCCGGAUCUUCAUCAGAAUUGAACUGAAUACAACAUAUGACUUGGUUUUUAUUUAUGAUAUUGGGAAUGGUCAUGAAAAUGUGACUGUAAAAUCACCACUUCCCCUAAAUGACAACGAGUGGCACCAAGUGAAGGCUGAAAUGAAUGUCAAGCUUGCCCGGCUAAAAGUAGACAAAAUGCCUUGGGUGAUCCGCAACUUUCCUCUCCAGACCUACCUCAAUACCUCAUAUGAUCGACCACUUUAUGUAGGUACUGCGGAUUACAAAAUGAAGGCGUACAUUGGUUGUCUCCGUGGACUUCGGAUGAACGGUGUGACCUUAGAUUUGGAAGGCAAGGCCAAUGAGUCUUUAGGUGUGAGAACUAACUGCACAGGCUACUGUGAGAGGCCCCGGAUGGAGUGUCAGAAUGGGGCCCGUUGUGUAGAGCGAUACAGUUACUACACAUGUGACUGCAAUGGAACAGGCUUCGAGGGUCCUUUCUGUACCAGAGACAUUGGCGCAUAUUUUGAGGCAGGAACCUGGCUCCGUCACAAUAUCCUGUCAGCUGGGAUGGUUGCUGCCCAAGAAUUUGCCAAAGUUGUGUCACUUCCGCUUUUUGUCAGCAACCUCACCCGUGAGGAAAUUUCAUUUAGCUUCAGGACGACUACAGCUCCAGCUGUUCUUCUGUACAUCAGCUCAUUCUCCUCUGAUUACAUAGCAUUGCUUCUCAGACCAGAUGGGACCUUGCAGUUGAAUUACCAGCUGCGCAGCAAAAGCCCAAAUGUCUUCCAGCUGAGUAAGAAAAACAUGACAGAUGGCAGACCUCACAGAGUUAACAUCACCAGGGACUACCGUACGCUUUACAUUCAGGUGGACUAUUAUGACGUGGUGGAGAAGCAGUUCUUAUUGUGGGAAGACCCGAAGUUUGACACCCCAAAAGCUCUUUAUCUAGGAAGAGUUGUAGAGACUGGCGCAAUAGAUCAAGAAGUGCAGAUGUUUAACACUCCAGGUUUCAUAGGAUGCCUAGCAAAUGUACGCUUCAACAACAUCACACCGAUACGAGAUAUCUUCCGAUCACGUAGGGCGGCAGUACUGAUCACGGUGAAGGGAUCUCUGGUGGAAUCUAACUGUGGUGCCAUGCCCUUGAUGGUGUACCACAUACCAUAUGACUUGGACCCAUGGUACAUUGGGGCAGUAUUUCCUCAUGUACAUGAUGAUGGACUCGCUGGGAUUAUUGCAUUCAUAGUGAUCUUCCUCUUCCUCAUUGCGGUUGCAGCAUUGUUUCUGGUUUACCAUUACUUUCACCGAUAUAAAGGAUCUUACCUUACCAAUGAACCAAAAGCUGUAGAUGCUCCAAGCGCUCCAAAGUCUUCCACGAGGAAAGAGCAGCCCCUUCCCCAAAUUGAGGAGGAAGGGGCAAAGGCAGAAUAGUCCUAGGGUAGCCAUAUCCAGGAAGCAGCAGCCAUCUGUUCAUGGGACGUCCGGGAACUUUUGCCAAUAGCACCUUCAGAUACUCGGUCCAGAAUAUUUUGGGGGAAAGUUGAAGGAUGGACCUUAAAGUGACAAGUAGAAUGGAUUGAGAAAGCUAGGAGCACAGUAUCUUCAUCCAGACAAGUUGAUGAGCAGCAAGGUCUUUGGGGAGUGAGUAUACCAUUCAUAUUAGGUUGAAACCCUGGAUGACCUACUCUCAAAACUAGAUAGAUAGUAAGAAAUACUUGUGUUACUGCCGGUCUUCAUCACUGUAUUUCCAGUACUGGGAAUAAUGUUGACGUAUAACUAUCUUGGUAUGAAGGACAAUUGAGAUUGCUGAUGUUUCCAUUAAACUGUGAGCAGCAGGGGUUGAGCCUUGAUAUAGAAAAAAAGAAGACAACCUUUGUCAUUGAAUCUGUAACAUCAGUACUACUGCUUUUUAUCAAAUUAAUUACAUAAUUUUGUUACCUUU